UGUCACUUCUUGGUCCUGGUGGGUCUUUGUAGGCUAAAGGGCAAGGCUGUCGGCUGUUGUGUUGAAUACGCUAAAGUUGCUUGCCACCACUGUCAUUCAUUAUAUCACAGUCGCUGCCUUGACUAGUCUCACCUCUACUGAAGAUCCAACACAAUGCUGCAAAAUACAGGAAAGUUGGCUGGUUGCACCUUGUUCAUCACAGGGGCAAGCAGAGGCAUCGGGAAAGCGAUUGCCCUUAAAGCUGCCAAGGAUGGUGCCAAUGUUGUCAUCGCUGCCAAAACUGCACAGGCCCACCCAAAACUCCCAGGGACCAUCUACACAGCCGCUGAAGAAAUUGAGGCAAUUGGAGGGAAAGCCUUGCCCUGUAUCGUAGACGUACGAGAUGAAAAUCAGAUUAAUGAUGCAGUGGCAAAAGCUGUGGAGAAGUUUGGAGGAAUUGACAUUCUUGUGAACAACGCCAGUGCAAUCAACCUGACCGGUACUUUGGAGACCUCCAUGAAGAAAGUGGACCUUAUGAUGGGUGUUAACCUUAGAGGAACCUACCUCACGUCAAAACUGUGUAUCCCACACCUUCUGAAGAGUAAAAAUCCUCACAUCCUAAAUCUCAGUCCUCCACUAAACCUUAACCCCAUCUGGUUCAAAAACCACACUGCAUACACAAUGGCCAAAUAUGGAAUGUCCAUGUGUGUGCUUGGAAUGGCGGAAGAAUUCAGAGGAUCCAUUGCCGUUAAUGCCUUAUGGCCUAAGACAGCCAUCCAGACUGCAGCUAUGGACAUGCUGGGAGGCUCAGAAAUAGGGAACCAGUGCAGGAAGGUGGAGAUCAUGGCUGAUGCAGCCUACGAAAUUUUCAACCAGCCCACCAGCUUCACGGGGAACUUUGUCAUCGACGAGGACAUUCUGAAGAAGGCGGGGAUCAAGGACUUUGAAACAUAUGCAGUUGUGCCAGGUCAUCCUCUGCUGCCUGACUUCUUCCUGGAUGAAGAGCCUGAGAAUCUGGUGAAGCACAUGGAGGAUCAUGGUGCUACUCCUGCUUUCAAGACUGGGAGUGCCAGUGGAGAUGCUGUAGUCGGUAGUCCUAUUGCAGACACCUUCAAGGCCAUCAAGGGAAUCAUCAGUCCAGAUGUGGUCAAGAGCACUAAAGGAGUAUACAAAUUUGACCUUUCAGGGGAGCAUCCUGGAAUUUGGUACAUUGACCUGAAGAGCGAUGUAGGAAGUGCAGGUAGCGGGGAGCCGCCAGUCAAAGCAGAUGUCGUUAUGAGCAUGGACAGUGCAGACUUCAUCAAGAUGUUUACAGGAAAAAUGAAACCAACAAUGGCCUUCAUGUCAGGAAAACUGAAGAUCAAGGGGGAUAUGACUCUCGCCCUUAAAAUGGAGAAAAUGAUGGGCUUGAUGAAACCCAGACUGUAAAUACAAUGAAAUGCCUUAACGGAUUUGCACGUCUCUCUCUCAAUGUGUGUUGACAAAUUGUUCCGUUUUUUUUUCUAAUAAACAUACUGCUAAGAUGCUGCUAAUUUAA